ACGUAAGUAUAAUAUAAAACGCACAAAUUUUAUGCCUUAACUCAUUUAUCAUCCCAACCUUUUAACACAAAUUUAUAUAUACAUAAAUAUAUUAAUUUGAAAUUAAUUUUGUAUAUAUUAAUCAAUCUGUUAAAUUUUACUUUCAAUCGUAAAGUUCCAUGUUUUCCCUCACAUGUGUGUGUACAUUUGCACGUUUAUCUUUUGUUCUAAUGUUCUUUUCCCAAUAAAACUCGUUUUUACUUUGAAUAAUACCAACUAAAUGUGCAAUAUUCAAUUAAUUUGAAUUCCGCAUAAUAUAUUUGAUCGAUUUAUCGAUUAAUUAAUCAAUUCAUUUAUACCUUUUUACAUUUAUUAUACAAAACUUACAACCUAAAUAAAACAUUUGAUAUAAAAAUAAUUUAUAUUAAAUAGUACUUAGUAAUUGUAGCCAUUUCAAAUAAUUUUCAAUCAAAUCAAAUAUAUAACCAUAGAAGAAAUGACUCGGGGGGGGGUUUCUAUCAGGCAUUUGUUCUUACACCAAAUUGCCAUCAAAAAUUUUUUAUAAACAGUUGGAGUAUAACACAUUAUCAGCAGAAAAAUGCGGUACUUAUAGAUCCAUUUUAGGUAAGGAUUAUGAAGAGGGCGAUAAGGUUACUCAACUUUGUGGAAUGCUUGUAAAAUUUUUAGAAAAUAAUCCUCCAUUAGAAAAUAAUCAAAAUAUUACUUGUAAUCGUUGUAAACUUUUGAGUUACUGGAUCUACCAAGAAUUGCAAAAAAUAUUUGGUGGUCAUUAUACGAAAUGCCAUGAUGCUUAUUCUAAACUCCAGCUUAUGUGGAGCCAUGCAAUAAAAGAUAAGAAAUAUAAAGAUGAUAACAUAUGUCAACUUGAAAUUUUUACAAAUUUUGGUGAUAAAUGGGAAUUGAAACAGAAAUUUUAUGAAUACUGCGAAGACUAUGAAUAUAUUAAUGUAAGAAGUGAAAUAAAAUAUUCUUUCUGCGAAGAUUAUCAUAACUACAUUGAUAAAAAGUUUAUAUCGUAUUCUGAUAUUGACAAGGAUUUCGUGAAACAAAAGAUAAUAGAAUGUUCAAGUGCUUAUAGAAAGAGGGAAAGUUGUAGGGUCAAUUUUGACCUAGUUGAACUGCUGAAAAACAAAGACACUCUAAAAGUAAAAGGCUCUAAAGCAGCUCAUUCUGAUCGAAGACAUGACGAAGACGUACAAGGGAAAAAAGCUGAAGAAUCUAAUGCUUUUUGGAAAUUCGUAGGACAUUAUGAUAAAUCUGGGGAAUUUAAGUUGAACACUUCACCUUCUCAUAUUGUCACAUAUGUUUCAUCAUUAAUAAUAAUAUCCAUUGUAUCAUUUCACCUUUUUAAACUCACUCCUUGGGGAUCACGUUCUAGAAAACGAACGCAACGCGAAUAUAAAAUCAUGAAUGAUUUUAGUGAAGAAAACAACGAACCACUUUUAAAUAAUUCAGAGCAUCCUGAUAAGGUUGAGCAAGGUGAAAAAGUUCGUAUAGCCUACUCUCCGGUUUGA